ACCAGUAGGGGGUCGGAUCGCUUCCCGUUGAUCUCCAGCCUCCAGCCCAAGGUCGGUCUCAGUGCUGCAUGAACGCACGGCGAGAGAGGGAGGACACCCUCUCCAGCAUCAAACGCGAGGGAUGCGCUUCAUCGCCUUAGGGGACUGGAUGGAUGGAGCGUAAGGGUCAUGAAGGUGACCACAACCUAUGGGUUGGAAUUAGGGGGCUGUUACCGCAGAAGGAGCCUAUCCAUAAUUAAUAAGAGUGAGUCGGAGAUCCUAGAACCGAAGCGCAACCACCGGCGAGUCAUGUCACCAACUGACAGCGCUUCCAGAGGAGCUGACGAGGAAGACAAAGGAGGAUGAAGGAGGCAGAGGAGGAUUAUAAUGAAGCUGAGUGGCAAAGGACUGUGCACCAUCGUUUCCAGCAGUCUACUCUUCGUGUGUGCCGUGAGCGCUGUGGUCGUGGGAUUCAGAUGCAUCGCGUUGGGCUCCAGGGUGCGAGCGCACUUCCAUCUGGCCACCGCGGCCGGCGCGUUCUACUCGGGCAUCCUGGUGACUCUCGGGCAGAUCCUGAUGGGGGUGGCGCUGGUCUUUUGCCGGGGCAACCCCAGGUGUGCGAAUUUCUUCCUGUUUGGGAUCUUAGUGUUUCUUUUGGGGGUCCUGACGGCGUUUUCGGGCGCGGUGGUGGAUGGCGACACGGUGUCCCUGGUGGAGAGGAAGUACGCGCACUAUUGCCUGGACUCUGUGGAUGUAAACCCGGCGUGCGACCGGCUCAAGGUGUACCAGCGGGGUCUGGUGGUCUCCACUAUCCUUAACACUCUGGAGUGCCUCCUGGGGCUGAUGAACCUGGUGAUCAUUAAGCGUUACCAAACGGCGCAGUUUCACCGGAGACGCCGGACGCAGAGGCGGAGCGCGCGGAUCGUGCUGAACGAGGAGCGCGACUUCGCGGUCACGGAGUCCCAGCCGGUGUCCUAUAUCAACCUGGGGGUGGUUCACGCGUUGGACGAGGCGGACGGGGAGGUGCACAGCCGGGGCCACCCGUCCAUGGUGCUGCCGGGCUAUUCGCCCACAAAUCCGGAGCUUAAUCACACGUACCCGUUUUCUUACCCGCUUCACAACGAGUUGCCACCUGCCUACGAGGACAUAUUCCCUGGAGAAGCGAGCAGCAAAUAGCAAAGGAGAGGAACCGAGUUGCAGUUUUGCAGUGACAAUCACGCAUUCGGCACGCUGAACUUGGAUUUGAUUAUUUCUAUAUAAUGGUGACCAGCUGUUGCCGAAUGUACUUUUUACUAAUUGGAGGUUACAGCCAACACCGAAAUCCUACAGUUGUUCAUAAACUACAAAACGAACCUAUGUGAAGGUAAACGCACUGAAAGGAUUAAAUAUACAUGCAUUUUUUUUUUUUUUUUGACCCUCCUGAUUGUAUUCUCAGCUCAUCCCUUGUCUAAAUCCCAAAGGUUUGUGUAUAUAGGAUUCCCAUUGGAAUAUUUGGAAUCUAAAGGAUUUUGAUUUCUUAGAGUAUUCCAGCAGGGCACAAAACAAAAAUAAGUUACCAAUUGGGCAAAAAGAACAUCUUAGAAGGUAAACAUACUGGAAGUAUGCAUUAUCUAAAUAUACAUGGAACAUAUCUUUUUUGACCUUCCUGAUUGAUUGUAUUCCCAGUUAAUCCCUAGUCAAUAUCCUAAAACCUGAUGUACAGGAUUCAAUUCAUUCCUAUAGUCAAUGUCCUAAAGGUGUGUGUGUGUGUGUGUGUGUGUGUGUGUGAUGAUGAUGAUGAUGAUGAUGAUUCAGAACUAAUCAUUUAGAACCAGAAUCAUAAUUGUGUUAGUAUGGCAACAGAAAACAAAACAGGAAAAACAAUAUUCCCAGUAGGGCUAUUACAAUUUACAACAGGAUAAAAUGUCCCUGUAGGACAUCAAAAGUAUUAUGUAAAGCCUACAUUUAUAUUCAGCCUUGUGAUUUGUUUAUAAUUACUUCAUCCCUGAUGUUUCAGACAAAAAGCCAUUGCUGUUGGCGACAUUAAAAUGACAGGCGUUACCCAUCAGACAAAAAAUUUCUGCUUAGCAGUAUUUUGGCUGUGGGAUAUUAUUAAUGUUUAUGCAUUUGUUUUGUUCCAGAGCAAUAGGAGAACAUGCAGUUCUUUUCUUUUCAGCAGUUAAUGUCCAACUUGUCAGUUGCUAGUUGUGUGGUUAUCCUCUAGUGCAGGGUUGUCAAACUCAAUUCCUGGAGGGCCGGAGCCCUAGAGUUUAGAUUCAACCCUCAUUAAACACACCUGAUCCUUCCGACUUAUUUGAAAACUACAUGGUAUGUGUGUUGGAGCAGGGUUGGAACAAAACUCUGCAGGGCUCUCCAGGAAUUGAGUUUGACACCCCUGAUCUAGUGUAUUCACUGGAGGUUACCACCAACACUUAAAGCCAUUGAAGUUAUUAUUUAAUUCGUUUUUUGACUGUCAUGACUGUUUUCCUAGUUCAAUUUUAGUCCAUUUGUGCAGAAUCUCAAUUUUAUAGUCCAACAAAAAACACAAAACCAAAAGAAUUUCCCAUCAGGACCAACAAAAAAGUAUCUAACAGCUAGCCAUCAUUGUCCAGUAACAAGAAACCCAUAAAUUCCAAAAUAGCACUCAAAGAAUCAAAUAAGAAUUGCUGUAGGAAUUUUACUUUAACAUCAGCACUAAAUUAUGACUGAAGUUUCAUUGGGAAUCCUGUAAACCAAUUUUAUUUUUUUACUAGGGAUGCAAAUGUAUUUUCUUGGUGUGGCUCUGUUGUUUUCUCUCAUAUUGCUUACUUUUAGCUUCUGAAUAAAAGGUGUAUUUACUCUCUCCUGAUGUUGCUGUUGAGGUUAACUAACACGUUUGUGUAUGCAGUGCUUCUCGGGAGGUGACAGCAUGUCUGCCUGCAGCAGAUGUUGCCAUGGUUCCUUGACCCUUUUUCUACCUGCGUGUAAUUAGAUAUGUAACAACCCAGUCUUUGAAAUGCAGAUUUGCUUGGUUUGUCAAGUUUGAUCUGGUGUACAAAGCAAAGCAGGUUGUUUAAUGUAACAAACACAUUCAUACAUUUCAGUUUAGCGUUUUAGAAAGAUCUCUUUGAGUCUAUCUGAAUAGAUUUCACUGAAUGUCACAGGGAUAUUUUCAAAGAGCUGCGGUAUUAUAUGCAUUACAAACGUUGAGAAUAUGCCUGAGCUGGUAAUUAUUCUGAGUGGAUAUUAUAUGCUUUGGCACAACACCAAAGCCUCUGUUGAGGCUUUUUCUGAUUAAAGAGACAAGCUUUUGUCUGAGAUGUUACUGGAGCUGGAUAUAGAAUGGGGUCUAAAAGUCUGAGACCAUGAGUGAAAGUGCUUCUGUUUUCCUAAUGUUGUUUGCUUUAAUGACAGCAGCUCUGAAAACCUGAUGAUCAUGUUCUCCAGAAUGAUUUGAGAUGGAUUUAUAAUUC